AUGCGGACAACAGUUAGUCUCAUUUAUUCACUGGCUUCACUAUUCACUUGUCAUGCUAUUCUCAAUGAUACGACCCGGCAGAUUGUGGCCGAUGCUCUUUUCGAGGCUCUGAACAGUGUCGACACGGCGGCGACUACUGAACCGUCGGUGGCCGAUGGCUCAAUCGUUUCCUCGCAAAUCGCCAAUGAGGCUUCGAAGAAGAUGCAGUUUACUGGCGAUGUUUUAGAGGAAGCGACUCAGAUUCUGGUGUCCAAGUAUGGAGUUUCCAUUUUGGAGGAUGCGAACGAAGUGCUCGCGGAGCUCAACUCGGGUGACAGUGCGGCGAGGAAGAAGCGAAAUGUUGAUGAGGAUGAGGAGGAGGUAGAAGAAGAAAACUUUGUCUCAAGGCUGAGGGUCAAGAGACAAGCGAGGCGAGGAGGAAGCAGAGAAGACUCCGGAAGGAAGAAGAGAAGCUCCGGAGAGGCCAAGUCCUCCGACUACAGCAACCCGAUUUCUAAUCAAACGUGUAAGGGACCACCGACCAGUUGCUCCGACUCGACCCACGACCGCAUCCGAUCCAUCACGGGUUACUGUAACAAUCGUGCAAAGCCGACGCAAGCCAACUCGGUGACUGCGGUCCGACGGCUGCUCGGAACCACCAGCUACUCGGAUGGUCUUCAGACGAUCCGCAACAAGUCGGUGAGCGGCGCGGUGCUUCCUUCGACUCGUCUCAUCUCUAAUAAGCUUCAUGAUGAGGGCUCUUCGCCCAAUUUCUCGCCGUCGGUCAACCAUUUGCACAUGCAAAUUGGCCAGUUCAUCGCUCACGACAUCAUCUUCAUGCCGUCGUCCGUCGGUGAGUCCGACUUCUGGAAAAGUCUGGAAUUCAUGGUCUAACGAUUGCCAUACAAAUAAUACUCACAAUGUCAAUAAACUAUUCUUUAACUUUUAGCCAAGGACGGAUCGAGUCUCAACUGCACUUCGUGCUCCUCGCCGACCACCGUCUCCUCCAACUGUGCUCCGAUUCCUGCUCCGUCCGACGACAAGUACUUCUUGCCCGUUUCCAACACCGAAUCCCGAUGCAUCCGUCUCACUCGGGCUCUCAACGGACAGUCCGCAUUCGGAGUUCGCACCCAGAUCGACCAGAACACUCAUUAUCUGGACAUGUCUUCGGUGUACGGAUCGGCCGAUUGUGAAGCGCAGACUGUGCGAAGCUUCCAGAAUGGUCUUUUGAAGACGUACACUGGAAUCGGAUACGUUCUUCCGCCGCAGAAUUCGAACGACACGAAUUGUCAGUCGAAAAAUCCGUACUAUUGCUUCACGGCCGGCGAUUUCAGAAACUGUCUUCAUCCGGGUCUUUUGCCACGUAAGUUGUGCCACCUGGCCACUAAUCAUCAUCAAUUCCAGUGCACACCGUCUUCAUCAAAGAGCACAACCGUCUUGCCGUCAAAGUAAAAGCCGCUCAGUCCUCGUGGAACGACGAGCAAAUCUACCAGUUCGUGCGGAAGAUCAUGGUUGCUCAGUGGCAGCACAUUGUGUACAACGAGUACCUUCCGAAGUUGCUCGCCGACAAAUACCUGACCGAUUUCAAGCUGAAGCCGUUGAAGCCCGGAGCGGGAGCGUUCACCGGCUACAACACCUCAAUGGAUGCCUCGUUGAGCGCAGAGUUCGCCGCCUCGGCGUUCCGAUUCGGACACAGCCAGUCGAGACAGGAUUUCGCGCGGCAGGACGCGACGAAUAAGUCGCUGGGGGCCUACGACCUCGGCAACAACAUCUUCUACGCCGACCAGGUGUACAAUAAGAAUGCGGGCGGCUGGGAGACGAUGCUGAUGGGGCUGAUCAAGACGGCCGCCAUGCAGGUCGACCGCUACUUCUCCUUCCCGAUUCGCAACCAACUCUUCGAGAUCCGAGGGCAGAACGCGUCGGGAGUCGAUCUCAUUUCGGUGAACAUCAUGCGCGGGCGGGACGUCGGACUUCUCCCGUACGUCAAGUACCGUACUCUCGUCGGAUUGUCCGCCGUGAGCACAUGGAACGACCUCUCCUCCACCUUCUCCGCCACCAAUCUGGCCGCGCUGAAAACAGUGUACGCGGAUCCGGCGGACGUCGAUUUGUACACGGGCAUCGUGAUGGAAACGCCGCUUUCAGGCGGCGGACAACUCGGUCCCACCGCCUCGUGGAUCAUUGCCGAGCAGUUCAGAGCGCUGAAGACCGGCGACCGUUUCUAUUAUGAGAACCAGGUGACGAACACUGUCGGCUUCACACCCACUCAAAUCGACGCGAUCCGCCGCGUCAAGCUUGCCAAAAUCUUUUGCGAGAAUACGGAUAUCAUCACCAGCAUCAAUUCGGACAUGUUCGAUCUGUGAGUCCAAUAUUGGUUGGCGCAUUCAAAAACUGAAAUUUGAUUUUCAGAAACAGCAGUCAAGUCGCCUGCUCGUCAAUUCCGGACAUUGAUUUGAAGUUGUUCUUCUGA